CUUCAGAGCUCACCUGAAAAAAGGUGUGCGACAGUUGAGGCUAAAGUGAAACUAACUGUAACUUAGGGUAGUUAAAAGAACCAAGGGGUUGAAAUGGAACCGUAUGAUGUUAUUGUUAAUCAGCCGGUUGUUAUAGACAAUGGUUCUGGAGUGAUUAAAGCUGGAUUCGCCGGUGGUCAAGUUCCAAAAUGCAGAUUCCCAAAUUACAUCGGGAGGCCGAAGCAUGUUCGAGUUAUGGCAGGAGCCUUGGAAGGGGAUCUUUUUGUUGGCCCCAUAGCUGAAGAGCACAGAGGAUUGUUGUCGCUAAGCUAUCCAAUGGAACAUGGCAUAGUAACGGAUUGGAACGACAUGGAAAGGAUCUGGUCAUAUGUAUACAGUAAAGACCAACUGGCGACGUUUAGUGAAGAGCAUCCCGUUCUCCUAACAGAGGCACCCCUGAACCCACGAAAGAACAGAGAAAAGGCUGCCGAAAUAUUCUUCGAAACAUUCAACGUCCCGGCUUUGUUUGUCUCUAUGCAAGCUGUACUUAGUUUAUACGCCACUGGAAGGACAACUGGCGUCGUUUUAGACGCGGGAGACGGAGUUACUCAUGCAGUUCCAAUAUACGAAGGAUUCGCAAUGCCGCACAGUAUAAUGAGGGUUGACAUAGCUGGUAGGGACGUUAGCAGGUAUCUUAGAUUACUCCUGCGCAAAGAAGGCAUUAAUUUCAAGACUACAGCAGAGUUUGAGAUUGUUAGAACUAUCAAAGAAAGGGCAUGCUACCUUGCGAGUAAUCCACAAAAAGAGGAGACCGUUGAGACAGAAAAAUUCCAGUACACUUUACCAGAUGGAAGUAAUCUUGAGAUCGGACCAGCUAGAUUUAGAGCUCCUGAGGUUCUUUUCAGACCCGACCUUGUGGGCGAAGAAUGUGAGGGGCUUCACGAAGUGCUAAUGUAUUCAAUCCAAAAGUCAGAUUUAGACUUGAGGAAGGUUCUUUAUCAAAACAUUGUAUUAUCUGGGGGAUCAACACUUUUCCGAGGAUUUGGUGAUAGGUUACUUUCGGAAAUUCGUAAAUUGUCGUCAAAGGAUAUCAAGAUCAGGAUAUCAGCGCCACAGGAACGAUUGUACAGUACUUGGAUCGGAGGUUCGAUUUUAGCUUCUUUGGAUACAUUUAAAAAGAUGUGGGUGAGCAAGAGGGAAUACGACGAAGAAGGAAGUAGAGCAAUUCACCGUAAAACUUUUUAAGCCCUAUUAUGUAUUAAUUAUUAUGCAUACGGAGUAUAGAUAUUGUAUAAGCAUACGACAAUGCUCGGGCACAUUCACCACGCACUGCAAUAACCAACUAAUAACAAAUGCUGCUUUUAACUUUGAUUUUAAGACUCCACUCUUUAUCUAAUUGUUUGAAGAGUGUGACGAAAAUAAGGAAAAAACCACGCAGUGACCAAUUAUACGAUUCAUUUACACUUUUCAGUGAUCAUUAAUCAACCCUUUUUGCUUCGAAAAAUAGCGGGUAUACGAUUCUAUACUGUAGGUUUAACACAAUACGGUAUUGUUGUUUUAGUUUUUGUAAAUCAGCGUUUAGAUAAAAUCGAAAUGGAUUGCUCUAGUACGAAAAUUUUAUGAUUCGCGAAGACUCAAUAUAAACAAAUAUUUGCUAUGCUAAGUAAUCCGGAUGUAGAGCUGCUCUAUAGUUUUGUUAAUUUUUUUGUAAAAAAAAAAAGAUAAAUAAUAUUUAGCUAAUAAAGUGCGGUAGGAAUUUUGCAAAGUAUUUGUAAA